AUGGCGACCGGGGCACAGAACUUCUAUGAGCUGUAUCGCCGAAGCAGCAUCGGCGGUGCGCUCACGGAUACCCUCGAUGAUCUCAUCACCCAGAACAACAUCGACCCGCAGCUCGCCAUGAAGGUUCUGGCCAACUUUGACCGCGCUAUAACAGAGGUCUUGCAGGAUAAAGUUCGGUCCCGGUUAACUUUCAAGGGUAGUCUCGACACCUACCGUUUCUGCGACGAAGUCUGGACCUUUCAACUCAAGAACGUCACCUUCAAGAUGGAGAAUGGCGGCCAGGUCGUGACUGCCGAUCGAGUUAAGAUCGUAUCCUGCACCGCCAAGCCUACGAAUACGACCGCAUAG